AUGCGCAGCGCCUUGGCGAACCCCGGCAGUGCCGUGGCGGCGCAGGGCUUUCUGUCGGUGCCCGGGAUCUUGGAAUCGCAGGAACUCACCGCACUGCAGGACCAAGGCGUCCAGAGACCCCGGUACCUGCAAGAUCAAGGUUUUCCUGCAGGGCCCGUCUUAGUCAGCUACCUCGGUGUGGUAUACCAGCGAGGAUUCUUCGACGAACGAGUCUUCCAGUAUGACCGAGCCUGUUACCAAUGCCGCUACCAGGAUGACAUGUGGUUCUCCGCCCACCUGGCUUCAAAAGGCAUCAAACGCUUCGUCUUGGGAGCUGCGUUGGGUGUUCAGGAGCUGACAGAGAUGCAUCUGGGCCCCGAGUCCUUGACCAAGUGGCCGGAGAAUCGCCCGAGAAACGUGAGCGACGAUUGCAACCAGUGCCUUCUGCAGAAGCGCUCCACCAAGCUGUGGGCCUUCCGGCGGCGUGUGGUGCUGGCGUUAGCUGGGCUACCGUCUGCCGCAGGGCUUCCCUCAGAGGUGUCUCCAGAAUGGGAGUCUGUGCUUGCGAGCAUCAAGAGGCCCAACACGCUUUCCAACUGGCCGGACCUCACCUAUCUGUGCACGGCUGGUUGGGAGGGCUCCAGCGGCUUCAUCCUUGGGAAGUCCUUCCUGUUGAAUGAUAUCUUGGUCACGGGCUCCACAGCCUGCGAGGCCCAGGGCGACGCCCGGAUCUCCCAACUGCUGCGGGAUCUCUUGCUGUGGGAAGGCGAUGCCAACACAGUUCUGGUGAUGGGCUCCCUUGAAGACUUGCAGAAAGGAGAUCCGGAAGACUUUUGGGCAGUGGCGGAAUGUGCUGCCAACAUGUACGAUUUCCACGUGCAGCAAGCGGAUGACGACGAACGCGCCUUGCGUGAGGCCGAAGACCAAGCAGCCUCCAAGCAGGAUCCAAAGGAGUUCCUGGUGGAAAAGUUCGGCCACACUGGCGCAUUUCCUGCUUGUUCCCAGAUCAUCUCGAUCCAUUUGCCCAUGUCAGGUCACUUGAUGCUCAACAGUCGUUUCCGGCAACGCCCUUUGGAGCUGACCUCUGGACUGGGAGAUCAGAUGCCCAGAAGGAGUCGUGCCGCCUCUGGAGCCCAGACGUGGCCAUACUGCCGGCUGGGCAGCUGGCUUGCAGCCAGCGCAGCUCGGCAGAUUCGGAG